CCACAAUGUGGUAAGCUCGUCGCUUUUACGGUCCUACUUCCUCCAGCGCACUGCUGGCUUCCUUUCUUUUUGUUAGAGGAAAGGGAGAGUCCUGACAAUUGAUCAUGGCGCUGCGAAAUCCAUUGUUGAUCCCUCAGCGGAUCUUGACCGGUGCUUAUUCCGGUAUCCGACCAGCUGUUCGCAAUCACUUAACCAAGAACGCGGCACAAAGAUCAGGGCUGGCGACAGUGGUGCCGCCGGUCACGCAGGAUGCCACGGGUUCCAAGGGCCCUACAGCGAUGGUCUUUAUGAAUAUGGGGGGUCCGUCAACGACCGAUGAGGUGGAGGAUUUUCUGGCCAGACUAUUUGCAGAUGGUGACCUCAUCCCUCUCGGGCGUCUUCAAAGCUAUCUCGGUCCUCUGAUCGCCCGUCGGAGAACGCCCAAGAUCCAACAACAGUAUGCGGCCAUCGGUGGUGGCUCGCCGAUCCGAAAGUGGUCGGAAUACCAGUGUGAGGAGAUGUGCAAGAUCUUGGACAAGAUCUCCCCGGAGACUGCACCUCAUAAACCCUAUGUUGCCUUCCGAUAUGCCGCGCCAUUGACAGAGGAGAUGUAUACAAGGCUGUUGGAUGAUGGUUUCGGACGAGGCAAGGGUGGUCGGGCUGUUGCCUUUACACAGUACCCGCAAUAUUCAUGCUCGACAACAGGCAGUUCUCUCAAUGAGCUGUGGAAAUGGAGGAAUCGCCUGGAGGGUAAGCGUGCGACGGGUGAACCUGCGCCGUCGGGCACCGUCCAGUGGAGUGUCAUUGACCGAUGGCCCACACAUCCGGGGCUGGUCGAAGCGUUUGCUCAGAAUAUCGAGGCUCAGCUUGCGACAUACCCGGAGGAGAAGAGGAGUAGUGUGGUGCUGCUCUUCUCUGCGCACAGCUUGCCCAUGAGUGUGGUGAACAGGGGUGAUCCGUACCCAGCCGAAGUUGCUGCCACAGUGCAUGCCGUAAUGGCUCGAUUAGGCUUCAAGAAUCCCUACAGAUUGUGCUGGCAGUCGCAGGUCGGCCCGUCCGCAUGGCUCGGGGCCCAGACCAGUGACACGGUAAUGUCAUACGUCAAGCGAGGCCAGACGGACCUCGUUCUGGUACCUAUCGCUUUUACUAGCGAUCACAUCGAGACUCUCUACGAGCUCGACCAGGAAGUCAUGCACGAGGCGGGCCACCCGGGAGUCAAGCGGGCGGAAAGCUUGAACGGCAGCCCGGUUUUCAUUCAGGCUCUGGCUGAUAUCGCGCUGGAACAUCUCCGCAGAGGACAAAACUGCUCUCCUCAGAUGACUCUGCGCUGCCAAGGAUGCAAGAGCGAGCGCUGUCUCGAGCAGAAGAAGUUCUUUGCUGGCGAGUCGGCCACUGCACUCGUUGUGUAGCUGCCUCACGCUUUCUUGCUUUUUGGUUCCUUUUUUGUUUUAUCCUAUUACGUCUCUGGUGGCCGGCGUCUGUCGUGUAUGAUAAACUUUUUUUCCAUUGGAUGUAUACCUAGAGUAGCGCUUCCAGUAUGUUUCGGGAAUAUGUACUGUACUUGUACUGAAUAUCGGGAGGUUGAGGGUGGCAUAUUUAAUGAAAAGCGCCUUUGGAAGCAAUAGAAAAGUCUAACUUAUCUGUUGCUGUAAUGAACUUGACAUCCAAUGAUUAAUAAUACCUUUCUCUCUA